AGGCCUCAAAUGAAAUCAGGAAGAUGUGAAGAAAAUCCUACAAAAAGAGCUGCCAUUUAUUUGGGGUUAAUCAGAAUUGAUGAGCUUGAACAUAAGUGGUUAAUUCUGUAUUGAUUGCACCUGUUAAUUUUAAAUCCACUGUGUGUCCAAUUCUAUGCUUGCAUAGUUAAUAUCUCUGACUUUUGGGGGUCUCACAACUAAAAUGGCAGAACAGAUAAAUUCUGCUGUCAAGGGUUAAUCUAUUUGAAAAUCUGUGGUCUGACCUGUCCACCAGCAUUCUCCAUUUAAAUUGACAGGAGAAUGGAAGAAAAUGUGGAUAAUUUCUUGGGGCACUGUACCUAUAUUCUCACUGUAUGUUGUGGCAUCAUUGUGCAAAAAUAUACCCAAGCCUGCAGUAAAAAAGCACUGGAUUUUGUGUACAUGUAAACAUUAAACAUACUCAAUAUAGCCUUACUAAUUGGAAGGAGCCAAAAGGCAAGUCACACUUAAAGAGGGAGACCAAGAGAGAUAUCACCAUUAUUAAUUUACACAUUUUACUUAUUCAUUUAUUAAGUUGUUUAAGUAUUUGUUACUUUUAUGAUCUUUCAAAAAAAGACAGAGAGAGGGAGAAAGAGAGAAAGACAGAAGGGGACAAAGCUAAUUUUUGGUAUCAUAGAAGAACUGCUAUAGCAGAUUGGGCUUUCUAUACUUGGGAAAUGACACGCUCCUUCCAGCAGUUGCUCCGAGACUACCUAGCAAAGCAGCGCAUUUGCAAAAACCGUUUGGUAACCAAAGAUGGACACUGCAACAUUGAAUAUGGCAACGUGAGGUACAGCAGUCGCUUUGCAUAUGUGCAGGAUUUCUGGACCACCUUUGUGGAGAUACGUUGGCGUUUCAUUAUUUUAUUCUUUGUGGCCUCCUUCACUCUUAGCUGGUUCAUUUUUGGACUUAUUUGGUACUGGAUUGCUCAUAACAAUGGUGAUCUUUGGUGGCAAAAUCCACCUUCGGACCACAAACCAUGUAUAUAUAACGUUUUUGGCCUCACAACUGCUUUCCUUUACUCACUUGAAACACAGAUGACUAUUGGCUAUGGUCUGCGAGUGCUCAGUCCAUACUGCCCUGGUGCUGUCGCCCUAAUUAUUAUCCAGUCCAUCAUUGGUUUACUUAUUAACUGCUUCUGGUGUGGACUGGUUAUGGCCAAAAUCACCUUACCCAAGAAAAGAGCCAAGACCAUUACCUUCAGCAAAAUAGCAGUUAUUUGCUCCAAAAAUGCUGUCCUCUGUUUGCAGAUAAGAGUAGCAAACUUACGUAAGACCUUAAUGAUUGGAAGCCAGCUAUAUGGCAAGCUGCUUAGAACAACAGUCACUCCAGAAGGUGAGACCAUCAUUCUGGACCAGGUCAAUAUUGAUUUUAUGGUUGAUGCUGGAAAAGACAACCUCUUCUUCAUUUGUCCUUUGACAUUAUACCAUGUAAUUGAUAAGACAAGUCCAUUUUUUAAAUUUGCUUUGGACACACUUCUUCAACAGGAGUUCGAGCUAGUGGUAUUUUUGGAUGGCACAGAUGAAUCCACCAGCUCAUCCUGCCAGGUCAGGACUUCCUACAUCCCUCAGGAGAUUAAGUGGGGUUACAAGUUCCUCCCAAUCAUCUCCCGCAGUAAAGAAGGGAAAUAUCAUGUGGACUUUUCCAAUUUUGACAGAGUGGAGCCAAUUUCAACUGCACACUGUGCUCACUGCUUCUACAAUGGCCAAAGCCAACAUCACAGAAAUGGCAGAAAUGGCAUUGACAACCAGGGGUUUGAAGCAAUUGAAGUUGAUGAUCAUAUUAGUGGUACAGAAAUGUAAGAUAGACCUCUGCAUUCACCAAAGGUUUAUUUGCUUGCAGUAUAUAUACUCAGCAAGAAAAGAAACGUCCUCUCACAUUCAACUGCUUGUAUUUCCAUCAAAUUUCUGAAAAUGUGUAAUUCUUUGUAUUAACAUAAAUACAUUCAACAGCUGAAACAUAAACAAGUUUCACAGAUAUUUGAUGAACAGAAAUGGAAUAGUGAGU